GACGUGGCAGCGACACACAGCUCACUUCCUGUAUUUUGCUGUCGUGUUGUUAUCACAAAUAAUCAGAGUGUACAGUUCCUCUUUUUCUAGCCGGAUGUCAACCCGGAUCAAUUCAUCCUAGUUUUGAAUUACCACCUAUGUUGGCGUUGUGUAUGUAAGGAAGACACCAGUUUUAUACAUGAGGAGCGGCCGGCUGACGCUCACUGGCCGGACAGGGAGAUGAUGGCUCGGCUUGUAUUGGUGAUGGUCGGAGGACUUCUGGUGCUCUGCGGUGGCGUCUGGUCACACGGGGACGGGCAACCUUCUUUCACGGAUGAAAUUCCUUUUAAAAUUACCUGGCCGGGGGCUGAAGUCACACUGCCCACUUCAGGCGCACUUUACAAAGAGGACAACUUUGUCAUCAUGACCACAGUAGAGAAGGAGAGGUAUAAAUGCCUCCUACCGUCGCUGGCCUCCGAAGAAGAGGAUGAUGAAAAGGAGUACAGCGGGCCAAGUCCGUCUGAACUUCUGGAGCCUUUGUUCAAACGAAGCAGCUGCUCAUACAGAAUUGAAUCUUACUGGACCUAUGAAGUAUGUCACGGAAAACAUGUAAGACAGUAUCACGAGGAGAAAGAGUCAGGUCAGAAAAUAAGUGUUCAAGAGUACUUCUUGGGGAAAUUAGCAGAGAAGAGAAAAUCUACAGAAAUGGCUAAAUUUGAAGAGCCCGAAACAGCUGAGUCAACACCCGAAUCAGAAGUGCUCUCUAAGAACAUAGAAGGGCAGCUGACUCCGUAUUACUCAGUGGAGAUGGGAAAUGGGACACCUUGUGUGCUCAAGCAGAAUGAGCCGCGCGCCACAGCCGUGCUGUACGUGUGUCACCCAGAAGCCAAACAUGAAAUCCUGUCCAUCGCUGAGGUUACCACCUGUGAAUAUGAAGUGGUGGUGCUGACCCCCUUGCUCUGUGCGCACCCAAAAUACAGGUACAAGUCGUCACCGGUUAAUGCCAUACUCUGCCAGGCGUUGGCUGGCUCGCCAUUUCGGCCUCGACGGCUCACCCAGUUGGACAAGGAGCAAGAGGAGCAGCUCAGACCUCCUUUCAGCACCACCGCAGAGCACAGAGAGGAGACUCCAUCAACAGGAGAGGAGGCCUUCACUUCUACUCACAAACCCAUGGCUGUUGGUGGGCAGGCGCAGGUGGCUGUGGGCACCACUCAUAUUUCGCGCCUGACAGACGAGCAGCUAAUCAAGGAGUUCCUCAGCGGCUCCUACUGUUUACACGGGGGUGUUGGAUGGUGGAAAUAUGAAUUCUGUUAUGGAAAACACGUCCAUCAGUACCAUGAGGAUAAAGAGCAAGCCAAGAACAUUGUGGUGGUUGGAAACUGGAAUGCAGAGGAACACAUUGAGUGGUCCCAGAAGAACGUGGCUCGAUCUUACCAGUUAAAGGAAAGCGGCGUGCAGAAAGUCAAACUGGUUUCCCAUUUCUACGGCCACGGUGAUAUGUGUGAUCUGACAGGAAAGCCCCGCCAAGUCAUUGUCAAAUUAAAAUGUAAAGAGUCAGACUCUCCCCAUGCGGUCACGGUCUAUAUGACAGAACCUCAAACUUGCCAAUAUGUCCUUGGGGUCGAGUCUUUAGUCAUAUGCAGGAUUCUCGACACAGCAGAUGAACACGGACUUUUGUCCAUGUCCAGCUAAACGGCCCAAAGAUCAUGUGAUGAGGAUAAGCCCAAUGGUACAGUCAAAUGUAGAACAAGAGAGAUGGUCAUGACGCAUCCCUUAAGACCAACGAAGGUUCAAACUGUGGUGGGUUAUCUAGAGGAAGGACUUGACGUUGCUGAGGAUCUGAUGGGACGAUCCAGGCGUGCUUGUCUAAACAAUAGAUCAAACCACAACCCUGCUUCACUCAGCUGGGUUGUAGCUUCACUUGAGAUGAUUAUAUGGACCUACUGUCCAUUUUUCAUAUGUCAGCUAAAAGGUUUUAUAAUAUAGAAAAUCACUGUGUGUGGGUGUGUUUAUGUGUGCGCGCGCAUGAAAUCACAAAUGAUUAGCAGAUACUUUGCACUUGAAGUCUUAAAAACCUUUGCAAUAGGGAGCUGUGUUUUAUGUUAUCAAAGUGCCUGUGACACAAUAAAAAAAUCUUAAAUAGCAUUAUUAUGUGAAAUAAAAUCAUAUUUUGAGACAAUUCGACUAUAUGCAAUAAUUUGGCAAAGCGCAGAUGACGAGAAACGAGUCUUUUAAUCUGCCGUUUAGCCCCACCUGCCAUUAUAGCGCUCUAGGCUGUAUUGUGAGAUGAUUAGUCCGCUGAUGUCACAUUCGCGUUAUUCCUCAAUCCGAGACCAUGGCGGGAAGCCUGUCAUUUUCGUAGCGUGGGAUUCAAAAAAUUGAAUUAAUAUAUCGAUUGCUUCCACACACAUCCAAGCAGUCCAUUUCAUUCAGGAGCAUAAAAUACUGCGUGUAAUAUGAAAUAAAUGUGCUUGAAUGUGUCACAGGCACUUUUUAAGGGCGAGUGUAACUUAUGCAUCAGUGGACGUUAUGAAAUGGCAAAUUUUUAAGUUUAUUAAAAUUUCUUUGUAACAUUUUGCAAUGUUCUGUAUUGUGUUCAAGGAGUAUUUCUAAAGAUACACAACACACUAAGAUCUUGAACAAUGUUAUAUUACUGGGACAAAAACAGAUAACACAUCAAAUUGCGGUAACUUCACUGCGGUCCCUCCCAGGGUUUGAACCUAGGGCGUAGACACUACCGAUUUUUCAGUAUGCGCAAAUUGUCACCACCAACUUUUAAGCAAUCUUAUUUGCAUUCAAUAAUGACUUCCCGUUAUAUAGGUAAUAUAGAUUGUCUUCCCAUAUGUUGUAAGGAUAGUUGACCCUACCGUUAUUAAGUGAAUUAUUUUCAUUGUGUUUAGACUUACCCUUUUCACUGGAUGAAGUCCAUUUUCAUUUCCUCAAACGCACGUUUGAUUGACUGAUGUUUUUUUCGGCCAGUCGCAGCAGCCAUUGUAAGUAGACAUCAAUGUAGUGGAUGUGGGGAACACACCACUAAUUUUGCUACUGAAAUCUGACCUGCAUCAGGGUUAGCAUAACAUUGACCUUGCUAACCUGCAAAACUUGAGUAGAAAGCUGCUUACAGAGGUGUCGUCCUGUGUGUUUUUUACUGUUAACGUUAAUUAAACAGAAUACAGAUUUAUUUUGCAUUCAUCAUUUACCGUAUCAAUUAAUUGGCUUCACUUGUGAGAAAUGUAGCCCUGAAUACCAUUCACCCAAUCUUUUUGGUCUUAUUAAUGUCCCAGCAAAAAGUGUAAAUACAGGUUAUGCCGUUAUAUGGUCCCUACCAAUGUUGAGAACUUGAGACCAAACCUACGUACGCCCUCGGUUUAAUCCAGACAAUUACUGUGGAAUUCAAGCAUGCUGACUCCUGAGCAAAAUUCAUUUUUGACGUAUAUUUAAUGGUGUUCCACAUUUUUUGGGGGGCAGGGAAAUUCUGGCAACCACAACUGCCAGUAUUUUACCUCAAAAUUCAUGUCUUUGAAAAAUUUUUUUUUUAAUUUUUUUUUUUUUUACUGUGUAUUCACUGACCACAAGAGGUGCACCAGCAUAAUACAAUGAGAUAAUAUUUGCCAUAAAGACCUAUAAGAAUUCGUUUGUAUUAAUUGGACCCUCUCUUGUACUUUUAGUAAUCCUCAAAUGAAAAUUAAUCAUACGAGUACCAUCAAAAAUAUUUUACAUUUGUUUUUAAAAAUGCAUUAAAGAUCUGAAAAUGUUCCUCUUGUGUCCAUUCAAGAGUUUUGUCUUCCCAAUCAAAAUAAAGCAGCUAACCAAAUAAUAAAUCUUAUAAAUCUGACCUGUGAAGAAUAUCGUAUAUAUCCACUAGGUGGUGCUGUUGCUUGAUGAAACGUUCUGGUUUGAGGCGUGAUGUAUUGGUGACGUUUAAGGUUAGUACUCAUGGGCUGGCAUGUAAUAAAAAUUAAAAAAUAAAAAACAUUUAACAUACAUGUCUUUAUGUUCAACACAAAUAACGUGUAUUUAAAUGUACUUUAAUAGUG